AUGAGCAACCCAACCGGGCCCCAACCUGCUCAAAGAGAGAGGGCGCCGAUGGUCCAAAAAGCCAAGGUGGCUUCAGAAGCGCGAGCUCUCACACAGCGCGAGGAGCCGCUGCUGUCCACUGUGGCGGCACGUCUCACAGAACGAUCCCUGCAGAUCGCCGCCGUAGAUGGAAGCCGCGACCUGCUCGAGGUCUCCAGUGGUGACCCUGGACCCACACUGCAAGCACCAGACUCUGCAGCGCGCCUGUUUGGCGACAAUGUGGUGGGUAUCGACCAAGGCCCGGAGGCAGCGGCCUGGCUGUCAGAUGUCCUGGGCCGACGCUGCCGGCUGCUGCGACGCUUCGCUGGCUGCAAACGCACUGCGGCAGGUUCACAUUGGGCUGACAUUGCACCGUUGCUGGUAGUGUCCAAAGCGUCACUCCAGGCCUUGGCCGAAGCUACGGGCAAAGAGAUACCCGCAGACCGAUUUCGGCCGAAUGUAAUCCUCGAGGGCCCCAUGGAGCCUCACGCAGAGGACACGUGGGAUGAGAUGUGCAUUGGCCCUCUGCGUCUGCAGCGCUUGGGCCCCUGUGCACGCUGUGCCAUCAUCGACGUGGCGCAAGGACAAGGAAAGCGUGACAAUGCCGUGUAUGGGCCGCUCGUACAGCACCGGGGUCAGGCCGUCUUCGGCCAGUACUACCGGCCCAUCCUUGCAGCGGGUGCGCCGCCCUCUGAUCGGACACUGGAGGUCGGCACCGAGGAAAAUAUGGUUGAAGUUCUUCAACUGGAUGACUUCAUCCCAAGGCCGGGCACGCCUCUUUGGCGACUUGGCUCCGCGACGAAUGCGGCGCUGCACGUGCCGCGAGCUGUCGGAGGAAGUGUUGCCGAUCCUGGCGGUGAGGAUGCUGAUGCGGGUGACGAGAUGAUGUGUGGGAGGAUGCUGACCUUCACACGAUUCGGCAGGCUGACAGCAUGGGGGGCUAGGCUGAGCAUGUUGGCCCCGCAUCCAGAGACUGAGGGCUGCAGUGCGGAGGCCUACCUCCGUUUGGCCCGCGAGGCUGCCUACCACCACUUGACGAAGCUGGGGGGUCGGGGCGGGCAGACCAACCCGCGCCACCAGGAGCGGCUGAUGCUCACAUGGGACGGUGCAGUGAGCCAUGGCAUGGAGGGCGAACGCGAACGGUUUGGGGACAAAGGCUUCCCGGUGAGUUCGUUAAAGAAGAAGUACGCGCAGGCUGCAGAAGCGUGUGUGUGCCCGGGGACCGUAGCUGGAACAUGA